CCAAACACGAACAGCGCUCUUUAACCCACCACCCGCGCUCUUCCCCACCUCUCCUCGCUGCCAAAAUCUCCCUCAACAUGGCCUCUAACCGACCCCGUGGCGGAAUCCGCAAGCAUCAACGCCGCGACCGCGAUGGAGACCUCAUCAUGGGCGCCGCUCCCCGUGUCUCUCCGGCUCGUGCCCACUCCGCUCCCUCCGGUCCCAGGAACAAUACCCAUACCGCGCCCUUGACCGAACUCAAAGUCACCGGCUACACCGACAAAGCCGAGUCAACAAAGCUCCUCAACUUCCUCGAGCGGCACUCAGCGCGACGGAGCCCCAAUGCCUCGAAAGGCAACGUUCCCCCGAAAAUGGUCAAGCGUCACCGGGUGGGAGAAGACGCACUCACGCUCUGGGUCCGCCCUGAAGACGUGGUCGCCUUCAGCAAAAUCAACGGAUUCACAUUCAACUCUGUCCACGGCACCCAGAAGCUCACAAUCUCCGGGCCUGGUAUCCGCUCCCGCUCGCCUAAUGCCUCCUCCACCAUGGACACCGCCGGCGACCGUCCACAAACCAAGAACUCCUCCGAGAAAAACGCCACUGUCGAGCUUCUCAAAGCAUUCCUCGAGCGACGGUACAACCCCGCAGAGAAGCUUCUCAAUCUAUCAAAAAUCGCGGAGGAUGAAGAGGUUGCCAAGUCCGGAAUGUUUGACAGACCCUCCACGCAGGCCAAAUUCUUCCCUGCCCUUAUGAUCGUCUGCGACCAGACUCUUAAGACCGCCGAAGAGAAGCGAGAAGCCAUCCACAGCGUGACUCUCAGCGGCAACAACCUUCCCAACCUGGACGUGGUUCGAGACCUCGCUACAACUCUUCCUCACAUCAAGAACCUCGACCUUUCCGGCAACAAGUUCUCCACCGUAAACGACCUCAAGCCCUGGAAACACCGAUUCCGGCACCUGGAGCACCUCAUUCUCGAAAUCUGCAAGGAGGGCUGGCAGGAAGAAAUCAUCUCAUGGUUCCCAAAGUUGCGCCUCUUGAACGGACAGCAAGUCCGCGACGACCCCUCUAUCGCGGCAGCCCCGGUUACAGCACCGGUGGUAGCCCCCGCGCCGACAUCGGUUCCAGUACCAGCACCAACCCCAGGGUUCACGCCGGAGCAGGAAGCCAUGGUUACAUACGUCCAAGAGCAGACGAAUCUGAAGCGAGACAUGGCAGUCCAGUGUCUACAAGCAGCGAACUGGAACAUCGAGAACGCGGCACAGCUCUUCCUCGCGCAGAAGGACACGCUACCCCCGGACUCGUUCAACUAGGCGUCGAUCGAUUCGAUGGAGGUAUAAGAGGUGGAGAAUGCAAUUUCAGAUUGGGUUUGCUCGGGGUAUUCUUGGUCUCUGCCCUUGAUGGGUGGCUGCACCAGGCCUUCUCACGGGUCGUGUAGACAUUGGUGGCAGAUUGGCCGGAUUUUGUCUUUAUUUUGUUCAGCAUAGCUCUAGGCGUCAUGGGUGGGUCGGCAUGGAAUGAUUUGGCAUGACUCGGUGUUUUUUUUAUCGUUUUCUGUCAGGAUUGGACGCUAUCGGAUAGAUACCCGGAAUCCGCACAAGACCUCCGCGAUGAGGCGCUUUUUGGCUCUCCCUCGAAGGAGAGCCUCUAUCUUGUCUAUAGAAUCUC